AUUAAUUUUAUUAAAUACUUAGAACUUAAGUAAAGUAAAAUAAACAUUAAAUAAUUAAUUAUAUCUUAUAGUAAAAGUUAAGAAUUUAUUAUACAUUUUAGUUUUACCAGUUAAAAGAUAUACAAAGAAACAAAAAAAGGAACUUACUGUCUUAAAUCUACAAGCCGACCUCUCCUCUCCCAGGUCCACCAAGACAAACCCCAAGGUUUUUCUUUAUAUGAAAAUUAGAUUUUCUUUUCUUAAAAUAAACAGAAGGAAAAAUAAAAAAUAAAAAAGAGGAAAGGCAACUGCAAAUAACUACAAGCCAUUUAACUUUUACCAAAAGAGGGUAUCAAUGCAUAUGGCUCAGUGACUAGCUGCUUGGUGAAGGGAAAAUCCAUAAUUUUUUCUGACAUUUUAUUACUUGGAACCAUUCAAGAUACUGAAAAGCUCAAACAGAGAAAAAAAAAAAAUUUUCCUGACAAAUUGCAAUAAAAUUUUAUCUUACUGACUUGGCAUCAUCUUCACUUUAAAGGAUGCUCUGCCCCCUCUUUCUUCUUCAAUUCACCAAGCUCACCUCCCUAUAAGCAUCUUCACACACACAAACAAAGGAGGGAAAAAAAAAGGGAAAAGAGAGAAAGAAAGUAACAGAAAAUAUAGUAUUACACAUGAGAAUGGCUAUUAUGCACCAAUCUUCUUGCUGUAUCCAUGCAGAUGAUGAUUACAUUGACAUGGAACUUACCUCUUCUCCAAACUUCUUUUGUUAUUCCAUCAGCUCUCCACCACAAAGCAGAGAGUUCGAGUUUCAGAUGUGUUCAAUUGCUAAUGAUAAGGAGACAACGAAUUCUCCGGCUGAUGAACUCUUCUACAAGGGCAAACUUCUCCCUCUUCACCUCCCUCCUCGCUUGCAAAUGGUUCAGAAACUCCUUCAGAACCCCAUCAGCACUAGCCCCUUUGACUGCCAAAGUGAAGUAUCUUUCGGAGAAAACUAUUCCAUUCCCUUUAUUAUGAGUCCUGCCUCCUUUAGACCUUCUUCUACUACCACCACUAUUACCCCUUUAGAGUCUUGCAAUAUUUCACCUUCAGAAUCUGGCAGGGUUAGUAGUGAACUUAACCCAGAGGAGUAUUUUCACGAAUUAUCAACUGAACUUAAUAGCUUGGUCGGAUAUAAUCAACAAACAAGAAAAUCCUGGACCAAGAAGUUGAAGCAAUCUUUAUUGGGUCAAAAACUCAAAGCUUCAAGUAUUUUUCUCAAGUCAUUGUUCAAUAAGUCUGGCUGUGCAAAUGAUUCAUAUGCUAAAGCAACAACUAAUGUGGAACCAGAAGCAGUCUCAAAAGAGAAGGAUUGUCUAAAUAAGUAUAUGAAGGUAGCAAAGAGAAACCCUUUGGGUGAAAUUGACAACGAGAGAUACAAGUUACCGAAUACUCUCAAGAAAAGCAUUGAGCAAGAGAUGGCUGCUGCUGCAGCUGGUGAUAGUUUAAUUCGUACCCAGAGGAGAUCCUUUUCUGGGGUAAUUCAAAGGCAUUCGAAAACUAUUAAGUCUCUGUCAUCUACAUCUUCAUCUGGUUCCUCUUCUUCAUCUUCAUCUUUUUCAUUUAGUUCAUCAAAUGGAGGGUUUUAUGAUUUACAAUUGCUUAAGAGAAGUAUCAGUGCGAAUUCAGAAAUAGAGAAUUCAAUUGAAGGAGCAAUUGCCUACUGUAAAAACUCUCAGCAGCAGCUGUUUUGCUCCAGAAAGACUAGUGCUACUGAUGUUGGGAAUUGUUCAUUGUCUGCUUCAGGAUUUGUAGCUGCUGGAGAUCAAGAAUUGCCUAAACUCUGCAGUAUUUGAUGGUAUUAGAAUGUUAUAUAAUAUAUAUAUAUUAUAAAUCACAAUUAUUGAGAUGGGAUUUCGCAUUUCUUGUCAAUCAUUUUCAAGUUGUCUGGUUUCCAGGAAAGCUGAGUGAUUUCAUUGUAUAUCAUCUUGAAGUUUCUUUCUCUCUUUUUCUUCUUCUCUCUGGAUGUCUUUCUCCAAUGUCCCCGUACUUGCACAAAAUGUGAAGUUAUUGGAAUAAGAUAAAUUCAAAAUCUGUUUCUUUC